CCUUAUAGAUUUACAAUGGUUCUCGAGACAUUUGCGAACUUAGCUCUCGUUUACAACGUUUUCCUCCUCGGUCUCGGCAUGGACUUGAGGAUGAUAAAGAUCAAAGAUACCAAACCAGUGAUCAUAGCCAUCGUUGGCCUCGUUGCGGCUUUACUUGCCGGUACUGGCUUUUACUACCUUCCCAGUAACGGAGACCCCGACAAGAUCCUAGCAGGUGGUAUUUACUGGUCGAUUGCAUUUGGCUGUACAAAUUUCCCUGAUCUUGCUAGGAUUCUUGCGGAUCUCAAGCUCUUGCGUUCGGAUAUGGGACGUACCGCGAUGAGUGCAGCCAUUGUUACUGAUGUGAGCACUUGGAUUCUCUUCGUUAUUGGAAUGGCGAGUUUUAGCAAAGCAGGUGCACGGAAUGAAAUGAUGCCAUACUCAUUAAUAUCAAUCACAGCUUUUGUCCUUUUCUGCUACUUCCUGAUCCGUCCUGCAGUAGCUUGGACCUUCAACAACACCGUCAAAGGAGGCCACGUCGAUGAAACUCAUGUUUGGUUCAUUCUAGCCGGUGUUAUUCUCUGCAGCUUAAUGACCGAACUAUGUGGUGUCCAGUCAAUUACCGGAGCUUUCUUGUUCGGUCUCUCGAUCCCUCACGACCACAUUAUUCGAAACAUGAUCGAACAGAAGCUCCACGAUUACAUCUCCGGAAUACUUAUGCCUCUUUUCUACAUCAUUUGCGGUCUAAGAGCCGAUCUUGGUUACAUGUCCGAGUACGUGAGCGUCAGAACGAUGGCUUUGGUGAUUUCUGCCUCGUUUUUGGUGAAGAUUUUGUCUACGGUUGUUUGCUCCAUCUUCUUGCGUAUACCUUUCCGUGAUGGUUUUGCCAUUGGUUCGCUUAUGAAUACCAAAGGAACCAUGGCAUUAGUCAUUCUAAAUGCAGGACGAGACACCAAGGCAUUGGACGUAAUUAUGUACACUCAUAUGACGUUGGCGUUCCUAGUGAUGUCAAUAGUGGUGCAGCCACUACUAACCAUUUUUUACAGACCAAAGAAGAAAAUUGUUUUCUACAAAAAUCGAACCAUUCAAAAACACAGAGGAGAGUCAGAGCUUUCAGUAUUAACCUGCGUCCACAUGCUCCCUAACGUCUCUGGCAUAACCAAUCUAUUACUACUCUCUAACCCCACCAAGAGGUCUCCUCUUAACGUUGUUGCCAUCCACCUAGUCGAGCUAACGGGUCGCACCACGGCUUCGUUGCUCAUAAUGAACGAUGAAGCCAAACCUAAAGCUAACUUUUCGGACAGAGUCAGAGCGGAAUCAGAUCAGAUCGCUGAGACGUUCGCAGCUUUGGAAGUGGACAACGACGGGAUUCUGGUUCAGACCAUCACCGCGGUCUCACCUUACGCGACGAUGCACGAAGAUAUUAGUUUGUUGGCUGAGGAUAAACAAGUCAGCUUCAUUUUAAUGCCUUACCAUAAGAAUAUGAUGUCAGACGGUCGGUUAACUGAAGGAAACGAUGUCCACGCCGAAAUCAACAAAAACGUUUUGCGCCAUGCGCCUUGUUCGGUUGGGGUUUUGGUUGACCGUGGCAUGAUGAUUUUCCGGUCUGAAUCUUUCCGAGGCGAAACCACAAAGAAAGAAGUAGCGAUGAUAUUCGCUGGAGGUCGGGACGACCGAGAGGCUCUGGCUUUCGCUUGGAGAAUUGUGGGACAAGAAAUGGCUAAACUCACGGUUGUGAGAUUCCUCCCAAACCAAGAAGCUUUAGUCUCGGCCGGGACAGCCGGGGUUGAGUACGGCAAAGAGAAACACAUUGACGAAGAGUGCCUUUACGAGUUUAACUUCAAGACAAAGAAUGAUCCGUUAGUGACUUAUAUAGAGAAAGUGGUUAAGGAUGGCCACGAUACGAUCGCAACGAUUAUGGAAAUGGAAGAGAACAAUUCUUACGAUCUUUACAUUGUGGGAAGAGGGUAUAAAGUAGAAACACCUGUGACCGCGGGAUUAAUGGAUUGGAGUAGUUUUCCUGAUUUAGGGGUUAUAGGCGAUACGUUAGCUUCAUCAAACUUCACAAUGCAAGCUUCGGUUCUUGUGGUUCAACAAUACUCAUCAGCCAAUAAACAAACCGCAGGUAACAACAAUCAAGAACCUGUUCAAGGUGCUCCUGAAGCUACACCUUUCAUGGAAGACGAGGAUGAUGAAGAGGGAGAUCGAUAUCAUAUCGGAAUGCGCAAAUGA